AUGGCUAAUCGUGAACCGUAUAACUUGAAGAAACUGAUCAUAGCUUACGAUUUAUUUAUGUCAUUAACAAACUUGUAUUGGUUUUAUGAAAGUUUUAAUCUAAUCGAAAGCUUCCGACUAUUUCUUAUCGUUGAUUUUCCGACUGACAGAUCAUCUAAUUAUAAAACACGAGAAACAAUUGCUUUAGGUUAUCUUUAUUUGUUAUCUAAAUUUAUGGAUUGGUUCGACAGUAUAUUCUUUGGUCUCCGCAAAAAGUUUAUGCAUUUAUCAGUAUUACAUGUUUACCAUCACAUGUCGGUCCCAUUCUUUGGUUGGCUAAACAUAAAGAUGUGUCCAUUUCUUCCGGGUUUACGAUUGUUUCUUCUAAUGAAUUCAUUCAUACAUUUUUUAAUGUAUUUAUAUUAUUUUUUAUCAUCAUUUGGUCCGCGUAUACAAAAGUAUUUGUGGUGGAAACGGUAUAUAACACAACUACAAAUCGGACAGUUUAUUAUUUUAGGUGUUUAUGCAAUAAUAUUGAUGUUUUUUCAAACUGGUUACCCCCGUAUAUGGAUUGUAUUAGGUGUUCCCCAACCGAGUUCGUAA